CUGCUCCGUGCUCAGGACACUUCUCUACCUCCCCUGCAGUCCUGCUCUGGAAACAACCCUCCUGCAGCAUUGUGACACCACUGUGCAGUAGCCAAUGGCUGCCCACCUGGGCUGGGCCUCGGCCUCCUAGGACCACAGCCCUCCACUGAUGGGUGAAGUUACCUUCUCCUGCAGGACCCCUUAACCCUAGGGCAGCCACUGGAGUACUGAUCCCUCCUGAUUCCACUUCCGGCCCCAUGUUCCUCAUGGUCAAGCUGCUCCUGGGCCGGAGAUGCAGUCUGAAGGUGUCAGGGCAGGAGAGCGUCAUGCUGAAGAAGCUGGCGUCAGAGCGGCUGCGGGUGCCUGAGGAGCAGCAGCACCUGCUUUUCUUUGGCCAGCCUGCCGAUGACAAGCAGCUCUCCAACUACUGCAUGGGGCCCAAUGCCUCCAUCAGUGUCAUCAUGUGGCCCCCAGAGAAGAUGGUGCCUGAGGAGGCCUGUCAGUGCCAGCCCCUGUAGCACCAUCUGGGCCAAGUCCUAGCCAAACCCUUUGGGCCCCAGGACACCAAGGCAGUGCUGCAGCUGCUGAAGCAGGAGCACAAGGAACGCCUGCAGAGGAUAAGCCUGGGGGACCUGGAGCAGCUGGCACAGCACCUCCUGAAAGAGGAGCCCUUAGUGGAGCCCACAGGCCAGGGGCAGCCUGAGGCAGCCUCAGAGCCCAUGAGACUCAGAGGAGGAGGAGGCGGCUGGUCAGUAAACUGGCCCGUCCUACUCAUUCGCAUGCUCACAUUCACCUGGCCUUGGCCUUGCGCGUCCCCUGCUGACGCCCCACCAGGUCUCACUGAUGUACAUGCAUCCUCACCCCUUUCUGAAACUUCAAAGCAAAGACAGCGGGAUUCUGCACCCCUCUGUCCUCUCUUGGGCAUGUGGUCCUCUCUGAAACACAGAAUGAUUCCACCCCCAUCACCAUCCUAGAGGGGGUUCUGACUGCCCCGUGGGCAGCUGUAAAGGGGCAGUCAAAGGCAGCCUCCCCAUCCUGGGCUGGGCAGCCCCUCCUGGGCAAACCCCCAGGUGCAGGUCUUCAUGGCUCUGUCUAGACCCUCUUUUUCCUUUGGGACAGACAGAUGGAUUACAUGAGUUCAUGUUUCCCCAGCCUCAGGGCAUGGCUUCUACACCCAAGACCACCAUAGGCACAAGGUGAGGAAUGUCAGGUGGCUGCCCUUGACUAGUGGUCUGUCCCUGCUGUGUGCCUGCUUGUGCUUCUACAGUUUAAGGGACAGGACAGCAGAGGUAGGAGUGGGAAGAGAGCACCUACCAUGUGCCAGGCCUGGAGUACUCAGGGAGACACACGCAGACCAGGAAUAGCAGGGUACUGGGGCCUCAGCAGAAAAGGCAGUAGGCAGUCCCACCUUCACCGUGGCUGGUGUGAGAGAGCCGUGCCCAGCCCCUGACCAUGUGCCAACAGUCAGUAGGUGUCCCUGAGCCCCUUUUACCUGCCCAGUGCUGCUCAGGCUCCCUGGGGGCAAACAGGUACCAGUCAGUACCCUCACAGAGCUCACAGCCUAGAUGGAGAGAUGUCAUAAUGUGACAAGUAAAUUGGCAACAUUAGCUAGAGUACAGCCUGGGUGACUGAACACCUGGGGAGCUGCCUUGCAGCCUGGGGUGGCCAGAGUACAGGAAAUCCAGGCCCUCUAAGUGUGAGAGAGAGAACCCCCACACCCUGUGUCUGAGGGGAGCAGGGGGCUUGCUGAGAGUCUGGUCCCCCGCGAAGUCCCUGAGGGGCUGGUAUUGCACUCCCUCCUGGGUGGUGACAGACAGGGAAGGGGAUGAAGGACAGUGUCUUGAAUAAGUGGGGCCCACCGUCCCAGGAAGCCUUGGGGCCCCAUGGCCAGCUCCAGUCCCAGCUCAGCUGUUGUCUGCUGCAUGGCCUUGGUUAACUUCCUUCACCUGUCUGAUGCUCUGGUUUUUCUGAUGAGCUGUUAAAUGGGGUUCAUUGUAAUGGUAUCUACUGACCCCAUAGGUGUUCCUAAGGGUUAGAUGUGAAGAACUGUGCAACUGAGAGUGAUGUCCUCUAGCGGUGAGGGCGGUGGCAGGGAGAGAUCCUGGAAACCAGGUCUCUGGCUCUGUGAGACCGCUUAGCAGUGGCUGUUACCCCAUCCAGAGUGAGACCCCUUCUUCAGCUAAUGCCUGUUCCCUUUACCAGCGAGCGAAGAGGAAAGGCGGGGCCUCGAGGAUCUGAGCUAUGUCAGGGAGGACCUCUUCCCGGGGCAGUGAGGACUCAGCACCCACCCUGGGGCAGGAAGGCCCAGCCUGCUCCUUGGUUCCUGCCCAGGUCCAGGUCCUGGUCCCAGGCGGCUGUAGGAGAGGCCUGCUCAGGAUCUGUGGCGUGUUUGUGCUGGGCCCAUGCCAUUUGUCAAGGGGCACGAGCCUAUUAUCCUUAUAUUAGGGGAGCUAAUAGUCCAUUUUCCAGGAAAUCUGUGAGCGAUAAAAACAAGUGGGCCAUUUUAUUCCUUUUGCUGAGAGAAGAAGGCAUGAAGGGCGGGGGAAGCCUUUGUGUUCUCUCUAGUCAGUGGGAGUGUCAGGGCUGCCUGAGAGCCCCCUCCACUGCUUCUGUCCCCAGUGCUGGGGGAAGAAUGACUCCAGUCUCACACGGCAAGAAGCAAAGUUGUUCUGCCCCUCUGUGCCCAUGAUCACCUCGUACUGUUUCACCCUUCCCUUGGGCCUGUGCUCCUGUCCCUCCUGCAGGAGCUGAGCACUGGAGAGGAGGCACCACCACUCAGAGCUUCGUGAAAACUUGUGACCUCACCCGGUGGUGUUACACUCAGUGCCAAGUUCCUCACUGUGAGGUGACGGGCAUUUUCCCCUAAUGGAUGAACUUACAGGUAUCAGGGAACAGCAGGUGGGCCUGGAUUGGGAGGCUGGGGGCAGCUGCCCUUCAUACUCCAGCGAUGGGUUAGAACCUUAUUCAGCCUGGAGAACGCUAGCUCUUGGGCUGCCUGCCAUGGGGACCCUAACUUGUGCCCAGUUUCACCUUUUUUCAAAUUUAAAUUAAACCUGUGUGUGUGAGCCAGCAUGACUCCCUGUGCCCUUCCGGGCUGUCACCACCCCCCAACCUGGGAUGGUAGGGAUGAGGA